UCCUCGUCCUCCUCCUCCCACUUCCUCCGCACAAUGCAGGCUGCCGGCCGAGCGGGUCAGCGGCAGCAGGCCCCCCCUCGCCGCCGCAGCCGCCGAGCUCCUCGGCCGGCCCCGUAGCGAUGCUCCGGGAAAGGCACCGCGCCGUCGCCGCAGGAAGGCCAGCUCACCUCUCCUGUCGCAUGCCCCAGUUAGGACGCUGGCAGCAACACGUAAAUGGCCUCAAAACGGCACUUGGAGCCUCUGGAUCCCAUUAUAUUCAAUAAGCUACCUCAGCUGGAGACAGAGCCUGCCGCCGGCUUCCCUGACAGCCUCUGCAAAUCCAGCCUUGUGCCCAACCCUGGCACCGAAAACCAUUUCAACUACAAGGGCUCCUACUUCACCUGCCCGCUGCAAAGCCCCGAUGGCCCUGAGCAGCCCCUGGCGUGCUGGAGUCCAGCGGCUGCCUACCUGCACUAUGGCACUAGUGCCGGCAGUCAUCCCAUGCCAGCGGAGGGACCACUGGUGAGCUGCCUGCUGUACCGACCUGAGAGCCUGGGGACUGAGCUGCAGCCCCCAGGUGCUGAAAAGGGCAAGGACAGUCUGAUGCGGGAGCUGCUAAUGGUGAGGGAGAAGUGGACUAGCCCGCUGCCGGCUCCAGGACACCCCUUCCCGGUGAAGAAGCCAGUGGCGGUGAACAAGGCAGCCCCCCUAGCUGUCCCCAAGCCAGUGUAUAGAGCCCCAGUGUGCUUUGUGGACCCCAGGAUGGCUCUGCCGCUGGGACCCCGGGCAGAGAGCCUGCAGCAGAGACUGGGAGAUGCAGACUGGGCUCUGCCUGCCACUGCUCCUUCCAGCCACCCUCUCCACCCUGGUGAGCCCCGCAGUGGCACUGGGCUGCACAAGAGGGGUCCCCACUCUGACCCCAGCCUCCUGCCGCUGAACUCCAGCCUAGUUCUGCCGGCCAAGGAGAAGGUGGCCUCCCCUGCCGCCUUCUCCCCCUACUACACGGCCUUUGAGAAAUACAGGGCCCCCCCUGGUACCCCCUUUCUGGAAGCCAGCUGCCCUGUUGCCCAGGGCCAGAGGAAGGUUGCCGAGGUCCCCAGCCUCGGCCCAGACUCCUGGCUCAAGCCCAAGACGCCCACCACCAGCCCGGAGCACCAGGAGAGGCCACCAGCAUGCUACCCACACACCCACUACCCGCUGCCGAUCCAUAAGGCUGCCCUCCUCUACCACUCCCCAGCUCCCGCCCUGGAGGAACAGCCCAGUGCCCUGCCUGGUGCCUACAAAGAUUUCAGCUUUGCAGGAAGCGGGGAGCCCCUUCCCAGCACUUACCUUAAGCCCCAAGCCCCAAGGAGCUACUUUCCCAGCCCCUUGGAAACCUAUGUGCCAAGGGCAGCCGGUGCCAGUGCAGUGGCAGCACCACCCACCAAGUCGGCAGCGCUGCCAAGGGAUGCUGAGCCACCGCAGCGAGGUGGCUAUUUGCCAAGCCCCGGCUUUGCCUUCAACCCCAGUGACAUGGCCGUAUUUGGCAUCUCCUUCACUGGCACGGAGCCAGGCUGCCAGCAGCACCGGGCAGAAAGUCCUCAGCGGCGAGCAGCAGUGAGACACAACAGCGCUUUCCAACCUGUCUGUGUCCCAGAGAAGGUGCCCAGGGGUUCUGGUGGGCUCGCAGAGACGUCUCCCAAAGGAGAAGGGAGCUGGGUGAAACCCAAUGUAGGGGAGCAGGAGCCCCCCUACCCAGGCAGGAGGAAGGCCAGCCCAGCCCCCCAGGAGACCCCCCGCAGGAGACCACCAGCUCCCAUCAUCAUAGGGAAGGGAGAUGCCUGCAAGGUCAAGGAUGCAGCCCAGGAGCUCGUUCCCCCUUCUCCAGCUGCCUCCCCCUCAGAGGGGCUGAAAGUCCAGAGGGAUGACGAGGUUUCUCCUUCCUCCCCACCCAUGCCAGUGAUCAACAACGUCUUCAGCCUGGCACCUUAUCAAGACUACCUGGAGGGGACCGAGGGCUCAGCCGAGGUCCCCUUCUCCAGGGACCAUCUGCGGGGGGACAUCCCACCCCAAAUCACAGGGAGCAGUUGUGAGCCUGCUGCCCUUGGAGACACCUUGGUGAUGUCCAGCCUGCUGCCGGUGGGGAUGGCAGCCGGCCAGGCACUGAAGACAGGCAGUGGUGCGGUCCAGAGCCAAGGGGAAAGCUGUUACAGAAGGGUCCCCAAAAAGCCAAAGCUUGUGCCCCAAGACCCAGGGUCUAUGGGGAGCAGCCCCAGCAGGGCGGGGGGCGGGGAGCUGGCCCCUGAGAGCAUUGCACUGGACCUCAGCUUGAAGAAGAGACUGGUGAAAGCCGGGGAGUCCUGGGGAUCCAUCGGAUGUGUGGAGGGGACACCAGAUGGGGAGGAUGUAGAGGAGAAGAAAGAGGGUCCGGGGGGAAAGGUGAGGGUGGGAGAGGGGGCCAAGCCCCAGCCACUGCCCUUGCUGCUUGAGGUGGGCUCUGGGGACAAGGGCAACUUCCAGAGCUCAACCACCUUCAUGUUCAAAAAAUACAAGAUCUUGCGCUACUUCCCACCCAGCACCAUCCCCCGCCAGCAGGCUGGCAGCCCCCACACACCCCAGCCCAGCCCGCCGCCACCAGCCCCCUCUGGCAGCAUCCCCACGCCGCCACCGCUGUGGACACCCCCUGCCUCCCCGCUGGCCAGCAGCCCCCAGGCCCCACAGCCUGGCCCCCAGCCCAGCACCUCUGCUCUGCGGGGGGCUUGCCUGGACCCACAGCAGCCCCUGCUGCCCGAAGGCCCCCGAGCACUGGGAGAAGAGAGCGUCUCGCUGCCUGGGCAGUGCGAGGCCCCUGCCCCACAGACCUCUGCUGGCCAGUAUUUCACCACACUGCACACCUCACUCUGCAACAUUAUUUCGGGCUCCGUGUCCAGGUCCUCCCCAGAGCUGCUGCAGGAGUGGUUGAAGAAGGCAAAGCCAGCAGAGGAGCUCGGAGAGAUGCCCAAAUCCCCUCCCAAGCCCAAGAAUGGCUCCAAGAUCCCUGAACCUCAAAAGCCCGCCAAAGGCAAGGAGAUCUGGCUGGCUUUCCAGGAUGUGGCUGUUCUCCUCACCAACCUGCUUUCUCAGCUGGAGACCUUCAUGUUUGCUCGCAAGUGUCCUUUCCCCCACGUAGUCCGGGCAGGAGCUGUCUUCAUCCCCAUCCAUGUGGUGAAGGAGAAGCUCUUCCCCAAGCUUCCCGGGGCCUUCGUUGACCAAGUGCUGCAGGAGCACAAGGUGGAGCUGCGCCCCACCACGCUUUCAGAGGAGAGGCAUUUGAGGGACCUGGAGCUGAAGAGCUGUACAUCACGCAUGCUGAAGCUCCUGGCGCUCAAGCAGCUCCCUGACAUCUACCCGGACCUGCUGAACCUCCACUGGCACGACUCCAUCAGGCAGCAGCUUGGUUCACACUCGCAGGCUGGCCAGCAUCCCUCCAAGUAGCCCUGGCGUGGAGGCAUUGAAAGCUGAUGGCAAAAUGAUAGCCACAGAUAGCACAAAGAAGGAGGCACUAAGGAGUGUGUCAAGGGCAACAGCUGAGCCACCCGCCUGCGAGGACAUGAAAGGGAAGGUCCCCCUUGUCCCCAGAGUGGGGUCCCCUUCUGGCCGCGACGUGGAUGCUGAGAUGAAGCAGGUGAUCACCAGCAGACCUGCAGGGAGAUGCUUGGCUCCCACUGGUGGGACGGCUGUGCACGAGGAUGGGGAUAGUUUCUCCUGGGAUGCUGGUGCCUGGAGGCCACUGGCACUGUAGGGAUCCUCUGAGGACAAUGCUCGGAGUGGAGAACAGCAGCAGGGGUGCAUGACCCAGAGAUGCUCCAGGGCCAUGAGCAGGGAUGGCUGGUGUGGUACCUUGGCUCCUGGCAACCCACUCCCACCUCCACCCAUGGCCAGCCAGGCUGCUGCCGGUGAACAGGGAGUGAAUGGCUGGAGUCCCAGUGGAGCUGCAGGGCUGGAGCAGCAUUUGUGCCUGCAAAAGGAACGUGGACAUGGCCGCACCACCAUCCCCAGCCUUGGAGAAAGGCUAGCUACUGCAGGGAUGAUUUACCACAUCCCCUCCUCUCUCCUCUAACUCACUUCUGCUUUAUACACAUCAUUCCCAAUAAACAUACCGUCGUCCUGGUUUAAUCUUUAUACAGAGACUUAACACAACAUUAAGGGUCAAGGGAAUCACAACUUCUGUAGUUACACGACUGAUUUCUUUUGUUGUUUUAAAUGAAGACAUUUUUAAAAUGCUACAAACUCACCUUUAUAAGGAGCUGCUGCCUUCAGGUUACGUGGGUUUUUUUAAAAAAAAUAGUAAUUUAUAUUUGUCUUUUUAUUUAAACUCAUGGCUUCACCUGCUUACUAUGCUGGACCAAGGCAGCGGGAGUGAUGCUAUUUGGGCUGAGAGUUUCAGUCCUAAUCGUAGCUGAAAAAGGCUGUGAGAAAGAUUUAGAGACUUAAAGAAAACCAAACCACUUUACAACACAGAUCCCAGCUGUCCCAAAGGAGAAUGUGGGAGAUGCACAUUUGGGGACAACCUUGACAGAGACGUGGCAACCCCGGCGUGACCAGAGGGACAAGAAAGGGGAGUGAUGCUGCGAGACCUUGGAAGGAGAGAUUGUUUCCAUCUCGCGGGCAGUGGAAGGUUGAUGGAUGUCCCAGGAGGGAUCCUGGCAGCCAAGGAUGGAUGAACUACCCCUUGCCUGGUCUGCAGCAACAAUACACAACAGAGGCCUUACAAACUUGACAUUCAGGUGUUUCUCCAGCAGAUGCAGGGUGUGGAGGAAAAAAAUGAGGGUUAUUAUUUUUUAUUUCACUACAGAAAUAUUUAUUUUAAACUAAGAAAAUGGAGGGGAAAAAAAAAAAAGAAAAAAAAAACCCUACCCUAAUUGUACCAUAGACUCUUUGACUCUUUUUUAGCCAAAAGGUGUGUUUGCCAGCUGGGGAGGCAGUGGUUGCCACAGCUGUGUUUCCUGCGGGUGCCUUUCUGCUUUUCCACUGGGAUGUAUUGGCUUUAUGAGGGAAAGGGAAGGGGGAACUGCUGUUAUCUUUGCUCUCCCUUGCCAUGCCAGGUGUCUGCAUAGCGUUGUAAAACAAUUCAGAAAGCAGUGUUUGUUAAUAAUAUUGUUUUAUAUGUAUACACACAUAUAUAUAAAAAGCUUCCAGGGAAGAAA